UUUCCAUACAAAUAGAAAUGAAAGGGAAAUGACUCAAAAUAAUAUUCUUCUUAAGAUGGCCGCUGUUUUUAAUAGCAAAUUAAUUUAGUAUCUGGACCAUCGUUGUUAAACCUUAAUUUCAUGACAUUUUUAUUUAUUUAACCCUUAAAUUUGAUUCAAUAUUCAAUUAUGUUUAGUAUUUUAGUAGAAUAUGCAAAAAUAUAUUCAUAUUUAAGCUAUGAGUUACCUUAUCCCUACAUUACUAGUGACGACCGAAUUGAUUGCGCUAAAACGAUAGAUUACCUAAUAAUUCAUAUAAUAAUAGGCUACAUAAUGUGAAAUAGUAUUUCACAUUUGUAUUUUAAUAAUUUUUACUUUUACCAUUAAUCCUAAUUACUAAUUACUUAGUAAUUAUAAAUAAUAAUUAAUUUAGGCUAAUACAACAAUGGGUGAAACCUUAGUUUAGCGUCGUAAAUUCGGCCAAAACUAGUAAUGUGGGAGAGAGUAGUAUAUGUCUUUAAAUAUCAAUAAAUAUUAAAUAUGAGUUUAUUUUCGUAUAUUUUAAUAAAAUACUAUAUAUAAUUGAAUAAUAGAUCAUCAUUGAUGGUUAAAUCAAUUUAAAUACCCUGAAAUUAAUUUUUAUCAACCCUGUUCCCGAUAGUAAAUUUGCUAUUAAAAACAGCAACCAUCUUAAGAAAAUGUUGUUUAGAGUAGCUUCCCUUUCAUUUCUAUUCACAAUUUUAGAAUGCAGAGUAUGCAAUGAAGUUUUUCGAUUUCACGGGGAUAAAGUGCCAAGACUUUUAAUCUGUGGCCACACCUGCUGUCAUCUGUGUCUAACAAGGUUACAAUUGCAUGGUAGAUCUCUUCUUUGUCCUUUCGACAGACAACCUACAGAGAUUGGAGAUUCUGGAGUUUGGGGUCUAAAGAAAAAUUUUGCAUUAUUAGAACUUCUAGAAAAGCUGCAAUAUACACCUGUCAGUCCUUCUAAAUCAAUCCCUGACAUAAUUUUGGCCAGGGAACAAAGUCUUUCAAUCUGCUGUGAUGAAAAUGAGAUACAUACUGCUAUUUUGUAUUGCACUGUAUGUAGCACACACUUGUGUGUCGAAUGCUCAGAAACUACUCAUUCAACUAGAACUUUAAGAAGACACAAAAGAGUACCACUAUCAGAAAAGCCCAGAGAAAAUCCCAAAUGUGUUUAUCAUCCAAUGCAUCUUGUGGAAUUCGCAUGCAUGGAGGAAGAAUGCAAGUCAUGCCCCCUUAUGUGCUAUAUUUGCAAAGAUUACGGACGACAUAUGAAACAUAAGCAUGGAUUAUUAGAAACAGAAGCAGAAAAUGUUCGCUCAUCUAUUAAAAGUGCAGUUCAGCAUAUUAAAUCAUUUGCUGAAGAAGUAUCAGAUUCAGUCAGAAAGCUUGGAGUUGUUGUUCAACAAAUAGAGGGAAGUAUGCAGAUGGUACCCACUGAUGGAGACUCUUCAACCCAGCUGGUUCUAGGUACAGCAGAACAAGCAAGAAUUAAGAUUAAAUCUUAUUUUACUGAACUAAGAGAAAAUCUAAGCAGGCAAGAAAUGACUGCACUUGGUGCUGUAGACACACAUAUUAGAGAAAAGCUAUGUUCUCUUAGGCAGCAGCAAGAAGAUUUAGCAGUUUUGAUGUCCCAAAUAUCGUCUGUAUGCCAUCAGUGUGAGACAACUUUACAACAGGAUGACACUAGAAUACUGCUGGCUAAACCUGAAGUAAGCAAUUUGCUGGAUACCUUACAAAAGCAACAGCAGCAAUUUAUGGAUCUUCCAGACCAUAUUAAUCUAGAACCAACAAUACCAAUUACAUUUACUAAGGAUAAUCGUGUUCAUAUUGGACCAAAAAUUGAGAUGAGAGUUGUCACAUUGGGACUUGAUGGGGCAGGAAAAACAAGUAUCCUAUUUAAAUUAAAACAGAAUGAAUUUAUUCCCACCAUACCAACAAUAGGUUUCAAUGUAGAAACUGUGGAGUAUAAAAACUUCAAAUUUACUAUCUGGGAUGUUGGUGGACAGCACAAAAUUAGACCAUUAUGGAAACACUACUAUUUUAAUACUCAAGUACCUGUGAUCAAAGAACCUCUGUGGACGAAGAAUCUCUGUGGACGAAGCACUAAUGGUCAAAGCACCACUGUGGUCAAACUACUUAUCGUCAAGGCCCCUGUGGUCAAAGCUGUAAUAUUUGUGGUAGACAGUAGCAAUAAAGAAAGGUUAGAUGAAGUACAAGGAGAACUUGUAAAAUUAGUACAAGAAAAAGAACUGAAGGAAGCUUCACUUCUAAUUUUUGCUAACAAGCAGGAUGUUGCAGAGUGUAUAAGUAUUGAGGCAGUCACAGAACAAUUUGGUCUUCUCAAACUAUGCUGCAAUCGAAGUUGGCAUCUCCAAGCCUGCGAUGCAAAAACUGGGCAAGGUCUUGCGGAUGGAUUAGAAUGGUUAUCACGUCAAAUGGUUGCAUCUGGUGCACCAGAACUAGCUUAAAAGAAAAACUUUAUGACGUAGUCUACCUGUUUUAUUACUACCUUUAUUAAGGGGGCCAUCCAUUUAAGACGUCCACAAAAAACUCGUAUUUUAGACCCCACCUCCCAUCCAUCCACACGCGUUGACAUCCACAAAAUUUAAUAUACCCCUCAAAACUUAUGAACAAUUUACUUCUUUGAUAACACGUAAUGUGUACCGAUAUUCUAUUUACUUUAAUAUUUUAAUGUUUAUUUUUAGGCCUAAAUAUUAAAAGUAGAUGUAGCCUAUGCAGAGAAAAAUUAGUAGAUUUUAAAUGUGAAAGUAUAAAUUUUUUUUAAAUUUCAAAGAUUUUUCCCAUUACCAACCAUUGGGGGGGGGGGGGGGGG